CUGCCUGUCUACUCCCUGAUUGGUUGAUCCCUUUCUGUACUCCAGCUGUAAACUCCUCCCCCUCCCCCAUAUCUCCGCGCGCUGGUCCGUGCGCUCGAGUCCAGUUGAGCUCGCGACCCUGCGGUUAUUGUGCCACGUGCACAGAGGAAACGACAACUCGGGAUGUUAUUGUGAAUCACAGGGCACAGGGCACAAGGCACAGGGCACAGGGCACCGGGCAUAUUCAAUCAUCGUUGCUGUUAUUCAUCACUUGCUUGUCUUGGAGUCUUUUGUUCCACCGUUGGAUAACAGCGCGCGCGCGGCACUAUGUCUGGGAGCUCGCGCACGGGUUUGGAGCUGCGCGCUGUGCUGCUGCUGCUGCUGCUGAGCGGCGGUACAGAAGUGACGCGCGCGUUCGGUACAGGCGGCGCGGAGGAGGAGGAGUCGGACUCCGCGUGCGAACCGAUCCGCAUGUCCAUGUGCCGUGACCUGGGCUACAACGUCACGCGCAUGCCGAACCUGGUUGGCAACGUACUGCAGGCAGACGCCGAGUUACAGCUGUCCACUUUCACCCCACUGAUCCAGUACGGCUGCGCAAAACAGCUGCGGUUCUUCCUGUGUUCAGUCUACGCACCGAUGUGUACGGAGAAGGUUCCUGAGCUGAUUGGUCCAUGUGGCAGCAUGUGUCUGUCCGUGCAGAGGAAGUGUCUGCCUGUGCUGCAGGAGUUUGGUUUCUCGUGGCCUGACCUGCUGAACUGCAGCUUGUUCCCACCCACAAACGAUCACGCCCACAUGUGCAUGGAGGGUCCGGGCGAGGAGGACGAGGACGAUGUCCGGUUUCCGUCUGUGCGUACACUGCGGCCGCGCCACGGGUUUGACGCCGAGUGCAUCCCUCUUGACCAUGACCCUGGUGAUGACCCCGCUCCCCCAGACCGCUACGUGUGGUCAAAGCGCAGCAGUUCCUGUGUGCUACAGUGUGGCUACGACUCCGGAUUAUACAGCCGGUCUGCCAAGACAUUUGCAGAUGCCUGGAUGGCACUGUGGGCGGGGCUUUGCUUCGUCUCCACCUCUUUCACGGUGUUGACAUUCCUGCUGGACUCAGGACGGUUCUCCUACCCAGAGCGUCCCAUUGCUUUUCUGAGCAUGUGCUACAACGCGUACAGUGCCGCCUUUCUGGUGUUGCUAGCAGCUGGACGUGAGCGUGUGUCGUGUGAUGCUGACGAGGCUGCUGUCCCUGUCCUAGCAAGGGACGGUUUGAAAAACUCGGGCUGUGCUGUGGUCUUCUUGUUAGCUUACUUUUUUGGUAUGGCAAGCUCUGUAUGGUGGGUGAUCCUCACACUAACUUGGUUCCUAGCAGCAGGACUUAAGUGGGGACACGAGGCCAUCGAGAUGCACAGCUCCUACUUCCACGUGGCAGCGUGGGCCAUCCCGGCCAUUAAGACCAUAGUGGUGCUUGUCAUGCGCCUGGUUGAUGCAGAUGACCUCACCGGCCUUUGCUACGUCGGCAACCAGAACCUGGAGGCACUCACCGGUUUCGUAGUGGCACCUCUGUUUACUUAUCUGGCAGUCGGGACGCUGUUUAUUGCCGCCGGACUUGUCUCGCUGUUUAAGAUCCGGUCCAACUUGCAGAAGGAUGGCGCCAAGACUGACAAACUGGAGCGCCUUAUGGUGAAGAUAGGUGUCUUUUCCGUACUCUACACUGUCCCGGCCUCCUGUGUUGUGGCGUGCUAUUUCUACCGCAUCUCAAAUUGGUCUGACUUUCAGCAAGCACCGAAUGACUCGUACGCUGCCGCUGAGAUGCUCAGGAUCUUCAUGUCCUUGCUGGUGGGAGUAACCUGUGGCAUGUGGGUGUGGUCUGCCAAGACACUGCAGACCUGGAAACGUCGCUGGAUACGCCUACUCUGCCCACAGAGCAACACGCAACGGACCCCCACCAACAAAAACAGCAACGGUAAAGGGAAUGAGACCGUAGUGUGAGGCCGUGAGACAUGUUGUGACAUGGACAGAGCGACAUCUAGUGGACACUUGUUGUCAAUGUGCCUCUUACUGCAUCGCUGUUCUCUCUGGACAAGUUUUUUUAUUCUUACACUGGACAAUAUGGCGCGGUAGAAAAUGAGCAGGAAGAUGCAAUAGGAAGUUGUAUCCUGACAGGAAACCGAGCGGUGGCAGGAAGUAGCAGUGCCGCUUCUCCGGUUUGUGGUGAACGGACAACGAGCCGAACUGAAGUGCCUUGUCUUCUCAGACCUCCUGCCACUCCCUCACAUUGUCGUAGGUUUUUAUCUACAAUGCAGCAAAGACACCUGGGAAACAGAGUGGAGUUUUUCCUCUUCUCAGUAAACGGCAACAUUUACCUCGCAUCAAGACCACAGCCAUCAAUCUUCUGGAUUCAUUUGGAUUCUAAAAGCCUGGUUUAGCAUUCGACUCGCCGUAUGUAAAACGGAGACCUACUCACCAGCUCCUCAGCCAUUAGCACCAUGUAGCACUGAUCUGAGAACCAGAUGUUCAGAAGUGGUUUCAUUACAGCCCACUCUAACGUGGAUGUAUCCGCAACCCCACACUAUGUUCACCAUAUAGUUCACAUACACCAGCAACACUAUCAUUUGCAUGCAGUGCAUUAUGGGACAUUGGGUUAUUCUCUCCUACAUUACAGCCCCUUUCCACAUAUUAGCAACCAGUUUAAAUUUGGAUUCGGGUUAUUAGUGAAUAUUUUUUAAGUACCUGAUUUUAAGGCUAUUUAUUUACUGAUGAGUUUAAACUUGUGUAGGGAAAAGUUUAGAAAUCUGUCCUAUAGAAACUAAAAUGCAAAACGAGUCAUGAAAAAAAACCGAAUGUGUGUCGAUAGGACAAAAAAAACAACAACAGCGAAUUCGGGAAGAUCCUCGAAAAAUCCUCAAUUAGGACUUUUUGUGCCUUGUUAAGAAAAACAUGAUAAAUGAAAAGUUGCUACUGCGCUAAAAUAUUCCCCGAAGGUUUCAGUGAGACCCAGGAGACUCCGUCAGUUAAGAAACUCUAACACUAAUGCAGUAUUGGGGGUUUUUUUUAUUGUUAACAAUCAUUAUUUUUGUCACAGGAAAUGAAAGUGUGUUUAUGGGCACUGAGAACUGACGCUAAUCGAAUAUUUAAUGGUCUGUCAGCAUGCUCGUGUACUUCAGCUCUUACUCUAUGUGGUUCCUCAUUUCAUGUGGCUAGGUUUAUUUUGAAUGCUUCUCAGAGGAAAUGGGCGAAUUUCACACAGUCAGAUUUUUGUGCUACGGAAGAAGCUUUCACAGUCCACUUUAAAGAAGAAGAAAAAAGCCAAGUGGAGUCAAA